AUGCGCCGGCCCACGCUUGCUGUCCUGAGCCUGCUGUGCCUCUCGCCUUCUUUUACCCUCGCCGCCCCGCACGACACCACAUCGCCGCUCCAGUACGAUACCCAAGGCACCUACGCCUCGGCCCACAACGCGUCACCACGACCAUGGCGCCGCCUGUCCGACGCCAUCAUCCGUAGGAUAUGGGCCCUACCCGCCGACCAGAAGCGCCUACAUGGCGACAACCAAACUCCUGCUGUAGCCAGUCCAUUGGGCUCUGGCCUGGCCGCCCAGUAUGGCGACGACAUUGUGUUGAGAUUCAAGAUCCGCACCGCCGAUGAGGCUACCGCAUUCGCAAAGGCCGCCGACAUCCUCUUCCUCGACGUUUGGGAAUUCAAUCAGGACUGGGCCGAUGUGCGCAUCGCAAAGGACGUCCUACCUUCCCUUCUCGACCUGCUCCCGCCAUCGCUCCACCAUGCCCACGAGCCACUGCUACAGGACCUGGGCCUCGCACAGGCAAUCUUUAAUUCAUACCCACCCCCCGCCUCUGCCCCAUCUCACCACGAUGACCGCUUUUCCCCGAAUCUCCGCCCAUCGCCGCGGGCCGGCAAAGGCCAUGUCUUCUUCCAGGAUUACCAGCCCCUGUCCGUCAUCAAUCCGUGGAUGAGCCUCAUGGCCUCCAUGUUUACUACCCACGUCCGCCGCAUCAAUGUUGGCGUCAGCUACCAAGGCCGCGAAAUGCCCGCCCUGCGUGUCGGUGUGCACCCCACCAACGACGAUGAACCAUCGCAACCAAGGAAGACCAUCCUCGUCACAGGCGGUAUACAUGCCCGUGAGUGGAUAUCGACUAGCACAGUCAACUACCUGGCCUGGAGCUUCAUCAAUGCCUACGGAAAGGACCGCGAGAUGACGCGCCUGUUGGAAGAAUUCGACUUUGUAUUCGUCCCAACCUUGAACCCAGAUGGCUACGUCUUUACGUGGGAGACGGACCGUCUAUGGCGCAAGAAUCGCCAACCUACCAGACUGCGUUUCUGCAACGGCGUAGACCUCGAUCGCAGCUAUCCGUACAUGUGGGACGGUGAAUCAGCGCAGUCAAGCCCCUGCAGUGAAUCUUUUCCUGGUGAUGCACCAUUCGAAGGCGUCGAAUCCGCACGCUUCGCUGCAUGGGCAAGAAAUGAGACUGAAAACAACAAUGUUGAGUUUGUGGGCUUCCUGGACCUGCACUCAUACUCACAACAGAUCCUGUAUCCGUAUAGCUACUCGUGCCAUGAAGAACCACCUGCCAUUGAAGACCUUGAAGAGCUCGCCAUGGGCCUGGCCAAGGCUAUCCGCGUCUCCCGCAAAGGUCAGACGUACAAGGUGACGUCUGCAUGUGAAGGCAAUGUGGCGUUCUACAACGAAAAGAAGAAGAUCUUUCCGCGCAUCGAGUCGGCUGGCGGUAGCGCACUCGAUUUCUUCUACCAUGAGAUGAAAGUAAAAUAUUCUUACCAGGUCAAGCUAAGAGACACAGGCAGUUAUGGGUUCUUGCUACCAAAAGAGAACAUUAUUCCAACAGGAGAGGAGAUGCUGGAUGCGCUUUUGUAUUUUGGGCGCUAUUUGCUCGGUGAGGUCGGCAUUGCUCAGCAAGGCAAUGAGGCCAAGGUAGCCAAGUCCGACGAAGACUGGGUUGUUGUAUCAAAGGAUGGUAAUGUCGGUGGCCUUGAGACUGAGUCUGAGAUCACGGAGUUGUAA